AGUAAAACAUGUUUAACUCUAUGAUGUCUGUCUUUUUGGUUGUGAAUUUAUGAUUCUGUUGGUAAGACCAAACUGCAGACAGAGAAAAGAGUGUGUCUGAGUGACUGAAUCUGUUAUCCGAAAUGACAACAACAACAACGCGGUCAUCGUCACUACCAUCUUUCUGGUUUCAAUCUUCACUAUUGCUCAAACCUUGUUUACGCCCAAACCUUCUUCGAUUCCGCUCUCACCAACUCAACAACAAGAAAACGAAGAAGAAUCAAAUCUCUUACUCUGCUCAAUCCUCAUCUUUCGACCUUUCCCCUCCUCCCAUCGACCAUGACUUCCUGGACACUGUCAAAACUGCAGGCGCUGAGGUAUCCGGGGAGGGGAUAAUUGCAACAUUUCAUAAUGAUGAAGAAGCACUGGAAGCCGCAGACAAUGGGGUUGUUGUUGUGGAUCUUUCACACUUCGGCCGGAUAAGAGUCAGUGGAGAUGAUCGCGUUAAGUUCCUUCACAACCAGAGUACUGCAAACUUCGAAUGUCUACAGGCAGGGCAAGGAUGUGACACUGUUUUUGUAACACCAACAGCUCGAACUAUUGAUAUUGCACAUGCGUGGAUUAUGAAAAAUGCAAUAACGUUAGUGGUUUCGCCAGAGACUUGUAGGACCAUCACUGAAAUGUUGAACAAGUACAUAUUUUUUGCUGAUAAGGUAGAGAUUCAAGACAUCACUAAGAAAACCAGCUUAUUUGUUUUGGUGGGACCCAAAAGCAGCCAAGUGAUGGAGAACUUGAACCUAGGCGAUCUUGUUGGAAAACCGUAUGGCACUCAUCAACAUUUUUAUGUUGAUAAGCAACCUAUAACUAUAGGAGUUGGAAAUGUGAUUUCUGAAGGUGGUUUUUCGUUGAUGAUGUCUCCCGCAGCUGCUCCAUCUGUCUGGAAAGCUAUUCUUGCUCAAGGGGCUGUCACAAUGGGUUCUAAUGCUUGGAAUAAGUUACGGGUUAUCCAAGGAAGGCCUGCUCCUGGAAUGGAGCUUACAAAUGAAUUCAACGUCCUGGAGGCCUAUCUAUGGAACUCAAUUUCUGUAAACAAGGGAUGUUACAAAGGACAGGAGACUAUAGCUAGGCUCAUAACAUACGAUGGAGUCAAACAAAGGUUAUGGGGAUUUCAUCUUUCUGCAGCCGCAGAACCUGGCAGUAUUAUUACAGUUGAUGGAAAAAAGGUUGGAAAAUUGACUAGUUACGCGUCUGGAAGGAAUCAAUCUGAACACUUUGGAUUAGGGUACAUCAAGAGGCAAGGUGCUUCAGAAGGAGACAGUGUAAUUGUUGGAGACAACAUCAAUGGAACAGUAGUGGAAGUACCUUUUCUUUCUCAACAGAGACCACCAUCUAGUAGUUCAAAUUCUUGAUUCUUUGAGCAUGAAAUGUCUACAACAUCAUUGUUAUGCACUUAUGCUCAAGUAUGGUGGUAAUUAAUAAAUGUUGGAUAGUAGAAGUGAAGCAAUCAAUGCAUUCAUAAUAAUACUUGUGAAUAUUUUUAACUGUUUAUGAAUUCUAUUUUUGUAAUGCCCCAUACUUCAUAAACUAAUUUAUGCAUUUGAAAUUGGAUAGAAAACUGUGACGCUCUUCUCAGUUUUUGAAAAGGGGGCGUUAAGAUUUUGGUCCUCUUUAUCAUGGUGGUGGUAAAUUUGGUCAAAUUUGUUGAUGUAAAAUCCAGGGAACUUCAUCUCUUCGUCAUCAUCUUUUUCUUCGUAGACAUUUUAUUUAAAAAACCCAGCAACUCUAUCUCAUGAUCA